UCUUCAACAACUGCAGCCACCUCAGUAGCUCGCUGGACAACGAAGUCGGAACAUUCAAGUUCUUUAGACAAUUCCGUGGUUUAUUUGCAACUAUGCUUUAAACAUACGUAUGUGUAAACAACUAGCUACAUCAUUUAAUUUACGUUAUAAGUCAGCUAGCUGGCUGGUUAAGUUAGCACUAGUCUAGUCGCUAAUGCUAACAAGCUAUUAUCCCCGACCAUGAGCUCACUAAGCUACUCUCCUCCUGUUAAAGAAGAGGUCUGCUGGACGGAGAAGGAAGCUCUCGUCAAGGAGGAGGAGGAAGAGAAUGAUGUUACAAUACAAAAACAAGUAGAGGGUGAGGCUGUUACAGUGAAAGAAGAAGAGAAAGCCGUUACAGUGAAAGAAGAGGAGGAAGAGAAAGAGGAGGAUGUUACAGUAAAAGAAGAGGAGGAAGAGAAGGACGCCUUCAGAGUGAAAGAGGAGGAGGAAGAUGCCGUUUUGGGAGUGGAGGAUGAAGAGGGGGAGAUUACUGUCACAUUGGAGGAGGACGAAGAAGAGAAGACUGGAGAACUGAUUAACACCAGUAAAUACAGAGAGAGACAUGACUAUCGUGGAUCCUCUGGGGAGCCUCGACAACAUCAUGAAGCUGACGAGGCAGAGAAGACUCUCUCCGGAUCAGAACUCCUCAAGAAACACCAGCAGAAACCCACAGGGAAGAAAUAUAUCUACUGCUCUGACUGUGGGAAACAUUGCAAAUCUUCAUCAAAACUUAAAAUACACCAGCGAGUACACACAGGAGAGAAACCUUAUAGUUGUGAUCAGUGUGGCAAGAGUUUUACUAAGUCGAACAACCUGGUAUCACACCAGAGAACACACACAGGAGAGCAACCAUAUAGCUGUAAGCAAUGUGGGAGGAGUUUUUCUCAGUCAAACAGCCUGGAUAGACACCAAAGAACACACACAGGAGAGAAGCCUUAUAGCUGUGAUCAAUGUGGGAAGAGUUUUACUCGGUCAAGCUCCCUGAAAUUACACCAGAAACUACACACAAGAGAGCAGUCAUAUAGCUUAAUGUGUAGGGCACUGCAAGGUUGGGUGACCAGGGUCAUCUGGGACUGCCUCCUGGAGCAAUUCAGGUGUGUGAAGGCUACCUGUGUCCUGCGCAACUUCAUGAGGAUGGACACGAGGACCAGGAGGGGAUCUGCAGCUCACCGUUGUGUCCCAGAGGAGAAGUCUGCUGCUCUGCAGGAUGUUUCAAGGAUGGGGUCCAACAACGCAGCAAGAGAGGCAUUCCAUGUGCAGGAGAUCUUCACCUCCUACUUCUUCAAAGAGGGUGCUCCAUCUUUGCUGAAGAAAGUCCAACAGUCACUAGUGCAGCAGCAGCCUCCCCGGUCCUUAGUGCCGGCCCAGAUGUUUAAAAUCACACCAGAGAACACACACAGGAGAGAAACCUUAUAGCUGUGAUCAAUGUGGGAAGAGAUAUGUUACAUCUAGCGGUCUGACUAAACACCAGAGAACGCACACAGGAGAGAAACCUUAUAGCUGUAUUCAAUGUGGGAAGAGUUUUACUCAGUCAUUCAGCCUGAUAUUACACCAGAGGACACACACAGGAGAAGAAUCUUAUAUCUGUGCGCAAUGCGGGAAGAGAUUCGCCUCAGCAGACAUUAAAGUUCACCAGAAAAUCCACACAGGAGAGACCUUUUUGCUGCUCUGACUGUGGAACGAGUUUUUUUUUCUCGCUCAGGACAAUUACAAUCAUACCAGAGAACACACACAGUAGAGAAACCUUCUAGCUGUAAUCAAUGUGAGAAGAGUUUUACUCAGUCAGGCAACCUGGUAUCACACCAGAGAACACACACAGGAAAUAAUCCUUUUAGCUGUGAGGAAUGUGAAAAGAGUUUUACUACAUCUAACCAUCUUAUUGUACACCAGAGAACACACACAGGUGAGACAUCUCAUAACUUUGAUCUAUGUGACAAGAGAUACUCUGAUCAAACAUCAGAAAAUACAUGGAGGAGUUGUUUCAUGAUAUAAAUGAAAUGAUGUCACAAUGUAGAAUGUUUUAACAUUGUAGAAGGAGUAUUUUAAUGAUGUCACAAUGUAGAACCCUAAAUGUUUGUCGCCUGUUCUAUUGAUUUCAGCAUGAUAUGGAUAUUAGCCUCAGGGGGAAAAUCCAGGCUCUGAAUUGAAAGUACUAUUUAUGUGAUUUAACAAAAAUUGACUAACAAAAAAUUGUUGUUACACUUACCACGUUGGUGACCCACUUGAAUCAAAAUGCAACACUUCAACACUUGUUGCUAGCUGUUUUUUUUACAAAUUGUCCUCUAACCAAUGAUUUACACAUUAUUCCCAGAUUCCUUGUGGUUUUUGCUGUGUUGGAUUUUAACAGGAUGUGCAACCUGAUUUCCCCCCAAAUCGAUAUCAGUGAUUUAUUGCUACUUGUGCAGUUUUUAAGGUGCUUGUUUAAAAAAAUAAAAGUAAUAUGAUUUCUGUGGCAGAA